ACUUGGUUUGACGCUAUUUGACCCCAAAUACAUGAUAUUAGCAAACUCCAGUAAGUAACGGUAAGCUUACACAGAUCUGCAGCCAAGACGCAGCACAUUCGACUCGCAUCAAACUCUAAAGAACUAUUCAAGCAACUUCAGAGAGGGCCUUUAGUAUACCUAUGAUGGUUGACUCCAACACGGAAAAACUUCUGUCAAAUGAUAUCAACAAGAAUGAAGAGACCCCCUCUCCUCUUGUCAAAUCAACGGAGCGGUCCUGGGGCGAGCACUCGUGGGGAUGGCGUGGAUUUCGACCGAAGUAUCUCCAGUUUAUCAAUAACCCUAAGGGCUUCAUGGUCUUCCUGUGUAUAUUUGGCCUAUUGCAAGGAAUGGCCAUCAACACAUUUGUAAAUCAGGCUUUGCCGACUUUGGAGCGGCGUUUCGGCUUCAACAGCAAGCAGGCCGGCUUCAUCCCCUCCUCCAAUGACAUCACCGCCAUUAUAUUGGUGGGUGUGGUCAGCUUCUAUGGGGGAGUCGGUAACCGUCCCCUCUGGCUUGGUGCUGGCUCCAUCAUCACAGCAUUAGGGACGUUGAUAUUCACUAUUCCUCAGGGACUCGUCGGGGAGUAUAUACCUCCUGAACUGAAAGCGGGACGCUUCCUGCUUUGCCAAACCAAAAUAAACGUCACCGCAGACGACAGUUUGUGUAACUUAGACGACACCGUCUCUUCGUCAGGAAUCCACUACUUCCUUUUCGUGCUUGGGCAGCUGAUAGCCGGUGCUGGGGCCACACCUCUCCAUACCCUCGGCCCCGCCUACCUGGACGAUAAUGUCCAUCCGCAGUAUAUCGGGAUUUAUUUCGGGGUCUUCUACUUGACCGUGUUUCUUGGUCCAGGAUUGGGGUCUAUUCUAGGCGGCAAACUGCUAGGGAUUUGGAUCGAUCUCAAUGUCCCCAAGGGAGUACGCAUCACGCCAUUCGACCCGCGCUGGAUGGGGGCCUGGUGGCUUGGCCCAUUGGGCAGCGGUGUCAUCCUGGUAGUAGUGGGUCUUAUCAUCACAGGGUACCCGCGUAUGCUACCAUCAGGCGUCGCCCUGCAAGCCACCAAGAAACGCAGGGCCCCCCCUCGAGUCUACAAGAACCUGUCGGAUAAAUUGAAGGACAUCAUUCCUGCCACCAGAUCUCUGCUGACAAACCCGGUGUACAUCUGUCAGAAUCUGGCCUUGACUGCAAGCGUUUUCUCUUGGAUGGGUAUUGGCCCUUUCAUGUUCAAGAUUAUUCGCAGUCGCUAUGGUGCUAGCCCAAUGAUGGCUGGAAUUGCGUCUGCGAUCAUUGUUAUUGGGGGAUGCGGUUUAGGCAUGAUGUUGGGUGGACUUAUCGUCAAGUGGAGGAAGAUUGAGGAGAGCAAGCGCGCCGCUAAGUACACGUUCUUCCUACAGCUCCUGGGGAUAUGGUCCAUGUGGUGCUUUCUCAUCCCCGGAUGCUCAAACUCCAAAUAUGCUGGCUUUGAUGUCCCGUAUCACAAUAGCUCUAUGGUGAAAGGUUCUGACAUGACGCUUGGAGCGUGUAACUCGGCCUGUCAUUGCUCAACUGCACAGUUCCGUCCGGUUUGUGGGCCGGACGGCGUUUCCUACUACUCGCCGUGUUUUGCGGGCUGCAAGGCCAGUCUCGGAAUGAGGGGUUUCACCAACUGUUCCUGCGUGCCGGAUUUUGUCGUAAACGCCACCACCACGCUGUCCAGCACAAAUGGAAUCGUGCUGCAGAAUGACGGGUGCAUUCAAGAUUGCAAGAACCUGCCCCUCUUUGUGAUUGGACUGAUUAUAACUGCCAUGUUCAGUCUGACGAAUGCCGUUCCCAGUAAAAUAACCACCAUGAGAUGUGUCUCCGAUGACGAGCGAUCAUACAGUCUCGGAAUCCAGUUCAUCUUCAUGCGUCUUUUCGGCUCUCUCCCCGGUCCGAUCAUCGUGGGUUACAUCAUUGACCACACGUGCACGAUGUGGAAGACCGUCUGCGGCGAACGCACAAACUGCCUUAACUACAACUACGACCAGCUUGGUUGGAUCCUCGUCUAUUACGGCGUACCGACACAAGUUCUCUCUGUCCUGUUCUACUUUCUCUCGUGGCACUUCACCAAGAGGGACAGCGCUACACAGACGGCAUCUGAAGUCAAGAUGGAUGACAUCGCCAUGGAAACCAAGCCUGUACUUUCAGAUGAAAUUCACGAAGGAGACAAACACGAGAAAAAUGGACACGUCUAAUAAAACCGUCCUUUUGGAACAAAUUCAUACCCUCACUCCCCCCAUGGGGGAGCAAUGCUAGGGAAGAGCUCCUGCAUAGAGCUCCCAUCUUCUUGCGUAUGCUAAAGAGGUUUCUCUUCCGUUAGCGCAUGCGCAAGACUAUGAGACCGCAGUAACUGCACAUGCUCAAGGACCCAACGAUCUUUUAGGCCACUCUCCAAGGUUUUCCUGGCCGAAGAAACGCUGGGUCCGAGUAUCUGCCUAGCGUAGUAACGUUCCCAUUCAUUGUAUUAAUGCACUUCCUAUUCGUAGUUAGGUAGAAGUAUGAUUAGGUGGAGGUGGAACAUAAUUUUCGAGGUAUGGAGGCUUGGGGAAGGGUAGGUAAUAUCAAUUGGUUUUAAGCGGGGGGUCAUUUUCUCCGAGAGGUAACAACUUAAUAACUGGCAGUUGUUCUCCGUUUUGGACCUUCCAGUCACGAGGGGUACUUCUUCAGAUCCCCUGGCUACGGGCCUGGGACCACCUUUUUAUUUGAGGUUUUUAGUAACGCAUGAUUUCGGGAGUCUUGGGAAGUACCACUAGUACAAGGGGUAGUGUCAUCACCACCCAUUCACAUUGUUUAAUUUUGGGAGACGAAAGCUAGCACAGUCACAAAUUCUCGAACAUAAGCGUGGCCUACGGAAAAUCCAAAACUUUCGCAACUGGAAACAGUGCCCUUUAAAAAACCAAUACCAACAUUCCAUACGUCGAUUAUAAAUUUAUUUCCUAAUCCAAAGUCAAUUACUAUAAUGUAUUAACAACCUUUUCCAUCCCUUACAAAAUAAAUUUAUGUUCUUUAACAUGGACAGGUAUAUACUGGCAUAAGCUCAUUCAAGAAAUUUUGCACGCAGAAGUAUAUUACUUUUCGCAACGAAACCCCAUAAGACCAUACAUAGCCGUAUUUAAAAAAAAUCCUUUUAACAAAGUUGACAAAAAAUUAUAUUAAUCUCAAUCGCAAAAUAGACAAUUCUCUUUUCAAGACGUUAAUAAUUAAUACUUUCCAGAGCCAAUAUAGAUGUGGAAAAAGUGAAACAAAUGCGCGGAAUAUUAUGAAAUAUGCGUCCAAUAGAUACUGAAUGCGCUUUAGAUGAAAUGGUCUAGCAAUAAUUUUAAGGGGUUAUAGCCAACAUAUUUCCUCACGUUACUAUCUUACGCAAGCUACCGUGACCACCUUAAAAAAGUCUUUAGAAUGUUAGCCAAUAAGGGUACGAUAAAGGUAUUGAUUGAAAAUGUCCAAUCAACAAAAUGUCUGAUUGAACGUUUUGGCGAAAAUUUCCCAAAAUAAGAAGACCAUUAGUAUUCGGCCACGGUAGUGAGCGUCAUUAAUAAGGACACUGGUAGUUAGGAACAAACGUAUCAUUCAAUAACACAGUCAUUAAAUGCAAAUGUUUUCACAAAGUGUAUCAAAGCACGAAUCCUGAGAAUAAACAUACAAAUUUAACAAA